AUGCAGGACCAGCCAGUGGCCCACUGUCCCAAGAAUGAUUCAAAGAGUAGAGGGAAUGAGUUCCUUGAGACAGAAGCAAAUAUACUUUUGAACACAAGUUGGCGGACUAAUUGCAAUACUGUGACAAUUGUGAAUUAUAAGCAGACAAGCAGACCACUCACGAUUUUACACAAAUUUCCCGCAAAAGAAAAGAGGAGGCGGAGAAAG